CUUUGCCGGCAGGGGGCGCCACCUGUCCACCUCACUGUCAUGUGCCCCCCCACCCCACUGACAUUAAGGACCGGAUGCCCCCGCCCCUCAUACAUGUUGCCAUGGUGACCUGGUCGUCACUGAGGGGUCAUGAAAGUGGCGUCUGUCGAAGGACCUGCAGUUAGACCUGGACACACCUGGACCAGGACCUUCCGCCGUUUCUGUGGGUGGAGGCUGUGAGGGUCAGCCUGCCCCCGGUCCUCCUCCUCCCCUGGUCCUCCUCUUCCCCCGGUCCUCCUCCUCCCCUGGUCCUCCUCUUCCUCCGGUCCUCCUCCUCCCCCGUUCCCCCUCCCCCGGUCCCCCUUCCUCCCGCCAUGCCGACCCGACAGAAGCAGGUCCUGUUCUCGGUAUGCGGUCUCCUCGCGCUCUGCUGCGCGCUCUCGGCCUCGGUGUCUGCCGGUCUUCCGUUCUGGCUCCGGGGGACCGUGCUGUGCCGGACCGGGGCCGACCUUGUCAACGCCACCGGACCAGAACUAGACAAGUUCCUGGGUCUGCUGAGCUACGGGCUGUUCCACGGAGAGCGCGUGAAGCAGUGCGGGCUGGGGGGGAGGCCGUCACGCUUCUCAUGUGAGUAUGACACCUGUGGACAGGUAUUCCAGUCCGGUCUCUCCUGUUCACUUAUUGAUGAGCUGGUUCUGUGA